AUGUGUAAAUUAAUGCGAAAUUAUAAGGAAUUUGGUCGAACAACGUCAAAUUUUUCAAAUCGUAAUAAUUCAAAAAUUAAUUCGGAACGGCGAUUAUCAACCGGUACACUUAACCGAUUAAUUCUUGUUGCACAAGCAUUGGAAUCAGAAGUGCAGUAUCGUCGACAAAUUGAUAUAAAUGGAAAGCGAAUUGUUAUUGCAUUACGAACUAUUAAUUUGUUACUACUAUUUACAAUUGAUGGAUUAAUUUUGAGCGGUGUUGGACAAUACCAUUCGAAUAUUGGCGGUAAAAGAUCAUUGAUGUUAACACCAAAUAAAUGGUAUUUUAAUAUUUAUUCAGAAUUACCCGCAACAUUUAGUGAAAUGCGCUUGAAUGGGCAAUAUUUUGCUACAGCUGUCACAACUGUCACAUUGAUAAUAACGAUUAUUUCACAUACCAUACAACUUUAUUGGUGCAAAUAUUCUCGUUUAUUGUGUAUGUGUUAUUCAUUUUGUGCGGUACCAUUUAUGUUAUUUGUUUUUGGCCUAGAAAUAUACUAUAGCACUUGUCCGUGGAUUAAUGAUUAUUAUCGGUUUGAUAUUCUACGCAGGGAUUAUUAUAAUUCAAUGGAAUCAUAUUUCGAUAUGCAAUGUGGUAUCAGUGGUUGGGCAUUGGCUGCGAUAUUAUCGGUGUUGUCAUGCAGUUUAUUUAUUAGUGAGGGUUUGGUAAGCGCAUUUUUUCGAUCAGAAUCUACUGGACGACAUAAUAAAAUUGAUGCCUUUCUCUAA